AACCCAUUUUUCCUUCAAAUUCUUCAUCUUCCAUCUGGAAAUCCAAAGCCAUCAUCAAAAUUCUGUGUUUUGGAUCCGUUAAUCCAUCCCCAAUCCGAUCUUCAUCUUCAUCUUCAUCUUUUUGUUCUGAUUAUAAUUAUGAGUAAUCCAACUACGCCGAUGAAUGCAAACGCUCCGUCAUCGAGCUCCGGUGGCGCUGGAUCUCCUGAUUCAGCUCCAAGGAGAAAUUCCAAGCGACCUAAAUAUUCUAGGUUUACUCAGCAGGAACUUCCCGCAUGCAAGCCGAUUCUUACACCGAAAUGGGUGAUUUCAGCAUUCAUGCUUGUGACCAUUGUCUUCAUACCAAUUGGACUUGCUUCCCUCUUUGCUUCUCGUGAUGUAGUCGAAAUUAUUGACCGGUACGAUAAUGCCUGCUUAACAGGCUCAAAAAGUGACAAGGUCCAAUCUAUACAAUCCGUUUCAACAAAUAAAACCUGCUUUAGAAGUUUGACAGUCAGAAAGCGUAUGAAGCAGCCAAUUUAUGUCUAUUAUCAGCUGGAUAAUUUCUACCAGAAUCAUCGCAGGUAUGUCAAGAGCCGAAGUGAUUCGCAAUUGAGAAACCGUGGUGAUGAGAAUCAAACAAGUGACUGUAAGCCUGAAAAUGAUGUCAAUGGGAUGGCCAUUGUGCCUUGUGGCCUUGUAGCCUGGAGUUUGUUUAAUGACACCUAUAGCUUCUCCACUGGUAGCAACCAGCAGUUGCAAGUAAACAAGAGACAUAUCUCAUGGAAGAGUGACAGGGAGGACAAGUUUGGCAGUGAUGUCUUCCCGAAAAAUUUCCAGAAUGGAUCCCUUAUUGGUGGUGGACGUCUCAACGAGUCUCAGCCAUUAAGUGAGCAGGAAGACCUCAUCGUAUGGAUGCGAACUGCGGCUCUUCCAACUUUUAGGAAGUUGUACGGGAAGAUAGAGGUGGAUAUCGAGGCAGGUGAGACGAUAAAUGUGAUAGUGGGGAACCACUACAACACUUAUAGCUUCAGCGGCAAGAAGAAACUUGUGCUUUCAACUACCAGUUGGCUUGGCGGAAAGAAUAACUUUAUUGGCAUUGCGUAUCUUGCUGUUGGUGGCUUGUGCCUCUUAUUAGCUACAACAUUCACCCUCAUAUAUCUAGUUAAGCCAAGGCAUCUUGGAGAUCCGACUUAUUUGUCAUGGAACCGAAACCCAGGUGGUCACUGAUGUGCAACUGUGAGGUGGGUCGAAGGGCUUCUGAUCUUGUAUGUAUUUAAUCUCUUCUAAGGCCAUAUUAUGUAGAUCGAGUAGAAUUGUUCAUUGGUUGUUUGCAAUUUUAUUUGUCGACAAGACUUUAAAGUAGACAUCUGUAUUAUUGAGCACAGGGUGAAAGUUACGUUCACCCGUCUCUUGAAUGUGCUAUACCCUUCACGAAACAUGUAUUGAUAUUAUUGAGUAUAGAAUGAACGUUGUUGUUUUCCU